AUGGUGGGCAGGCGGAUGAUAUACGCAAGCACGCUCUUACUAGCUGUCAUUUUCAUUAUUCCCUGCGCCGUAGCUCCUAAUAUUGGAACCCUUAUCGUCUGCAGAGCUAUUGACGGAAUCGCGUUCAGUGCUCCCAUGACGCUAGUGGGUGGUACUUUGGCCGAUCUUUGGAAAAAUGAAGAACGAGGCGUUCCGAUGGCAGCGUUCUCAGCCAGUCCAUUUAUUGGGCCUGCCAUUGGACCUCUGGCUGGUGGUUAUCUUGCCGACGCUACGAACUGGAAGUGGCUUUACUGGUUGCAGUUAAUCCUGGCCUUCGUUGCUUGGGUGCUGAUCACCUUCACUGUUCCAGAGACGUAUGCACCAACUCUUCUCAAGAGGAGAGCGAAGAAAUUGAGAAAACAAGAGGACGAUCCUAGCUACGUGACGGAAACGGAGCUAGAUUCUCGACCUAUGGGCGAGAAGUUGCGGGUGUUCCUCUUCCGCCCAUUCCAGCUUCUGUUCCUAGAACCCAUAGUUCUGUUCAUUGCACUUUACAUGUCGGUCCUAUACGGUUUGCUGUACAUGUUCUUUGUUGCGUACCCUGUGGUAUAUCAAUCCGGGAAAGGAUGGAGUGCCGGCUCGACCGGUCUUAUGUUCAUCCCACUUGCCAUUGGCGUGCUAAUGAGUGCAGCUUGCUCGCCUUUUGUCAACAAGCAUUAUCUGUCUCUCUAUGCUAAGUACGGAGGAAAGCCCCCUGCUGAAGCUCGAUUGAUUCCGAUGAUGUUUUCUUGUUGGCUUAUCCCCAUUGGACUGUUCAUUUUUGCUUGGACCUCAUAUCCCACUGUCCACUGGAUUGGACCUGCCAUUGGAGGCUGGCCAGUCGGAUUUGGAUUUAUCUUCUUAUAUAAUUCGGCUAAUAACUAUCUUGUGGAUACGUACCAGCACCAGGCCGCAUCUGCGCUUGCCGCUAAGACAUUCCUUCGCUCAAUGUGGGGUGCAUCUACUGUACUUUUUACUGAGCAGAUGUAUGAUCGUCUUGGGUACCAGUGGGCAAGCUCAUUGCUUGCUUUCAUUGCGCUGGCUUGCUGCGCAAUUCCGUACGUCUUCUACUUCAAAGGAGCGUCCAUUCGGCGGUUCUCGCGUUAUGCCUUCAGUGACGACGAAGAGAAUGGCGAGAAAAGUUAA